GCUUGAAAAGCAGAUAUGGGUGCUCCAUUCUGCUCCCGUUUUACGUCUCUCAAAGUCACGCCCUUUAUUCCCAGCUUAGCUCCGGCGAUUCAAUUAAGUUUCACAACUAAUCUCCGUCCCUUAAACGGUGUCGUAACAUCUAGAAUGGAAUCAACAUCCAUUUCUCCUUCCAACAACUCCAGCGCAAUCACCACCGUCAGCGCCGUCGCUGCCGGCGGCGACACAACCACAACCGGUAACAAUAGCGCAGAGGAUAACUCCGUUUCCGACACAGUGGUUCAGUACGUUGUUCUAAGGAGAGACUUAAUUGACACGUGGCCGUUAGGAAGCGUGGUUACGCAAGGCUGCCAUGCCGCCGUCGCCGCCAUUUGGUCCCACAAGGACGAUGCCGUUACUCUUCAAUAUUGUAGCCCUUCCAAUCUCGACUCAAUGCACAAGGUAGCUCUCUAUAACAAAUGCUGAUUGAACGAGCAGUAAUUUUUACACUGUUUCAUCUUCACUAAAGGAAUUCUAUAUUAAUCUUCCACGAGUUAUGUUUUGAUAAUUACUUGGAAUGGAAGAUAUCUAAUUUUUGUAAUUCAGUUAGUAAUUGCAGUUGAAUUAGCAAUUAUUGAACUGCUAUUGUAUGAUAAUAUGAUGGUGUGGAAUUCGAAACUAGUAGUAUAUGAUUAUAAUUAUAGUUGGCUGUAAUAACUGAGUGUGAAAGUGCAUCUUUUAAGUGCUCAGUGAGGAAUGUAUCUUUUUUCUUUUUGUUGAUAACGGUGGUGUCCAGGCCAGCUUGCACACGUCUCGAUUAUUCCACCGGGUGCCUGCUGCCUUCCACCAGCAUAGGUACUAGGUAACUAUACCCACCAUGGUUUAAACAAAAUGGGAAGAAAUCACCUAGUUUCUUGUCUUUGGUAGAAUUAGUCUCCAAGUUUCUUACCCACUUCAAUGACUAAUAGGCCACACCUCUAGAUGUAGUGAGGAAUGAAUUUUUGAUUUUCAAUUUAGAUACUAGGAGGCUAGAAUUUCAUUGGUUGAAUGGGUAGCAAAUGAAAUGGAUGGAUAAGGUUGAUUGAUGCGUUGUGUUAUGUCAGGAAAAGACCAAAGUGAAAAUUGCUUUUACACUUGUUACAGGUUGUGUGGUUGAUGGUCUGGUGGAGCUCCUCUGUGAUAUAUUGUCUUAAGGUGUAUCAUAGUUUCAAUUAUCAGUUGUGGGAAGUUAAAAGAGCAAAUUGUGCUUAGAGAAAAACAAAAGCCAGAUUGAUGCUCUUUUAGCUCCUUAACUGAAUUAGUGAUUGCUUAGGUUAGUAGGUGAAGCAUGAAUUAUGCAGAAUUUUAUAUGGAAGUUUCCUGGUGCCUGCUUUGGAAAAUUGAGGUCAAUAAAUGCCAUUGGACAUUUCUAUGGAGGUUCUAAAUUCUAGCUUACUUGUGGUUAACUUAUAUUAUGCAAUGAGCUUAUUUGUAAGCAACUUCCUUGUUCAGGAUAUAUUUUUCAGAAUGACAUCCACUUCUGUUCUACAUCAAUGCGUACCAACUUAGUUUAGUCCUUGGGGUAUAGAGAAAUUUAGGAAAGAUAAAAGAUUCAAAAUAUUAUUGCAACUUUCUCUCUUGGC